CAAGUGAAAGUUGUAUCUAACGUAUCUAAGUAAUAUACUGGAGAUAAAUUUGUAUGGGAGCUUGGAUGGUGUGUGUAUGAAUUUGUAAUUCGACUAGAAAAAUGAAGAUCUGCGGUCCGAAACUCUCCCUUUGUGGUCUUAUAAUUAGUGUGUGGGGCAUCUUUCAGUUGGUAUUAAUGGGCAUAUUUUACUAUGUGAAAAGCAUCGCUUUAUCUGAAGAUCUUCCUGGUGUUGAGGAAGGUGGUUUUGAAUCACCAGAAGAAUUCUAUAAAAUUGCUGAUAGAGGUUACGUACAAAAUGCAUAUAACUGUUGGAUUGCAGCCUGUCUGUACAUCUUUACUUUGGUUAUAUCAGGCCAUCAGUUUUAUGUCAACAGUCGCUCAUCUCUGAGUAUGUAAUUCGUUGAAAUUCCAGUAAGAAGUUUUUUAAAAAUUCCUGUUACAAAAUUAAAGUGUAGUUGGCCAAAGUAAAACAAAUUUAAGUAUUCCACGUAUGCACUGUGAAGAAUAUGACCUUCCAAAAUUCACUGUUUUGUACAGUGUUUGCUGGUGGCUGGGGAAAUACUUUAUCUGGGACACUACAUCAGAAAGGAUGCUAUAGGAUUUCUUCAUUCAUUGGUUGUAGCUAGUUUUCCAGUGUUAAUACAUUUGGAAGGAAAGUAAUCAAUUUAUUGAGGUUACUGUAACACCCUUAGCAGUGCACCAAGUAUUAAAAGUAGUUGCAGAUGUGCUGGACCUGAUGUAUUGUGUAGAUAUUUAUGGGAAUUUGUUUCAUUUAAAAUGUAAAAAUUUUCAUGUUGUAUAAAUAUGUAUUACAGUUUUUGAAAAAUGACUAUUUUUAGCUUUCUGGUUUAUGUCCCUAUGUAUAAUGUUAUGUUUUUCGUAAUUUAUCGCAUAAACUGUUGAAUGGAAACAAAUAAAAAAAUUACUGUGGGCUUAUAAGUAGAUUUAUAUCCUCAUAACUGUACAGUAAAACAUGUUAUUCUUACAUUUCUAAGUUGAAUAUUGCAAUAAUGAUUAAUAAAAUAAAACAUUGCCAUUUUUCAUGAUAUUUUUGGCCAGGUCAAAAUCUCUCGGCUUUCACUUAAUGGCAAUAUGAAAAUACUGUUGCAACUGUUAUAAUUCCUCUUUCAGUUUUAAGAAUGAAUUAUAUGUUGCAUUUGGUUUAUUAUGUAAAGGCAUUUCUUUAAUUCAGAUAUACAUAAUUAAUAAUUUGCUGUAAGUCAGCUGUUCAUUAACCUGAGUAGAAGAGGAUGGACGAUGCAUUAAUAAUGGAAACAAAAAACGUAAUUAUGAAACAAUAUUCUUUGUUAAUGGAUGAUACAGCUGAGGUAUAUUCAAGUCGUUACAGUCUUAUUGCAUGGAAAUAAGAUGCCAAAAUUUUGUUAUUAUAUUAUCUGCUACAUAGAAUGGUGAUAUUUAAUACCAAAUUGGCUAGAAUUAGUGUUUAAUAGUUCCAUGUGUGCAUCAGUGAGCAAAUAAAUAUUGUAGCUCCUAAUGAAAUGCUUUGAAUGUUUGACGGGCUAGUUUAUUUUCCAUGCAUAUAAUUUGGAGUUUUAAUUUAGGCAUUUAUCCAUACAUCUACACAUCUGCAAUUUCCAAGAUUCCAGAAUUUAUAGUUUUGUCUGCCUGGAAAAUAUCACAAUAACAUUCCAGACUCAUUGUAUGUAAUUGAAUUACUGAAUAUGUCAUCCAGACUGUUUGUAAAUAAGAUUCAAUUGCAGAUAGUAAAAUAGAAUGGUCACUGCAAUAUAAUUAAUAAGUGUUAGAUUUUAUUUCCAUUAGAAGAGUAGAGAUAGGAAGCUGUAUGUUAAAGGAAGACCUGUAGACAUAAAAAUCUGCCAUACUGGAAAUAGAAUGUUCAGAUUUUGAAUUAGUAGCAAAGGAGACUGGUUGAGGAAUAAAGCAAAUAAGUGUCAGAGAAUGUGAUCUCAAUGAGGCUGCUUCAUACACACCCCCAUAGUAGCACACACUCAUUUUGUUUUCACUACAUUGUUGUACUCCGCCCAUUAUAUCAUGAUUUCAAACAGUUCUCUGCACUUUAGAUAUAAUCAGAAUGGCAUUAUAAAUCCAGGCUCAGAUGUAUCACUCCCCUUUGGGUUUUUUUUUAGGGAAAAUUAAAAUAUUGAAUGGCAUGCCUGGUUUAAAAAGUUUUGCUGCAUAAAUUUUACAAUAUGUUAACAUUUACAUCUUCAUAACUUCAUGUCCUAAGCAGUACUUAUACCACUAUUUUUAAUCAAGCAUGUUGAUAUGUAAUAAUCUGUAAUGUAUUCAUUAUGUAAGUAUUUGGGGUUAGCUUCUCUAAACCAAUUUCAGUAGUUGCAGUCAUCAUUUAACACUACAAA